CAAUAUUAUAAAUUCUGUAUAUUUGAGAAUGUCUAUCGAAAUGAGAAAGUUUACAAAACUGAUUGACAAUUAUGGUAGAAUUCAUGAUUAUUUACGUAUAUCAUUAACGGGAAAAUGUAAUUUAAAUUGUAAGUUCAAAUAAAUUGGCAUUUACUACUUAUUUUUUUUUUUACAAAAAAAAACAAACAAACAAACAAAACCCUAUUAGGUUCAUAUUGUAUGCCAAAUAAAUCAUUUCAAAAUAAUAAUCAAAUCAUAUUAUCCAAUAUAAUAACAUCUAAUGAAAUAUUAUUUCUUGCUAAUUAUUUUUGUUAUCGUGGUAUAAGAAAAAUUCGUUUAACCGGUGGUGAACCAUUAUUACGAUCAGAUCUACAACAAAUUAUAAGUUUGAAAUAAAUUACAAUUAUCUAUUUAUUACCCUUUUUUCUUUUUUAAAAUAAUAAUAAUAAUAAUAAAAGAAGAUUUGAAUGAAUUAAAAUGUCAACAUAAACAUUUCAAUGAAAUAGCAAUGACUACAAAUGGUGUGAAAUUUAAGAAAUAUGCUGAAAAUUUAUUAUUAGCUGGUUUAAAUUCAGUGAAUAUCAGUUUAGAUAGUUUAAAAUCAGAAAGAAUUUUAAAAUUAACAGGACAAUCUACAUUUAAACAUUCAAUGGCAGCUAUAAUUAAAGCGAUUGAAGUGGGAUUUAAAAGUGUCAAGGUUAAUUGCGUAGUUAUGAAAAAUUUCAAUGAAGAUGAAUUAUGCGAUUUUGUUGAACUGACACGGUAUUUACCUAUUGAAGUACGAUUCAUUGAAUAUAUGCCAUUUUCUGGUAACAAUUGGGAACUAUCAAAAUUAUUCUCAUAUAAACAAAUGUUAAACAUUAUACAAAAUUCUUAUCCAAAUUUAAUUUUUUUAAAUGAAAAAUCAUUUGAUGUAACAAAACUUUUUCAAGUAUCAGGAUGGUUAGGUAAGAUUGGUUUCAUCACUUCAAUGACCGAGAAUUUUUGUGCCGGAUGUUCACGUUUACGUAUUACAGCUGAUGGAAAUCUUAAAAUUUGUUUACAUGAUAAUUAUGAAGUGAGUUUAGUGGAAAUAUUACGCAACAAAAUGAAUUCACAUGUAAUUGAUGAUUGGUUUGCUGAUAAGCCUAAUUAUAAUUUAAAACAAUCUAAGCAAUUAAAUGAAAUCUAUGAUCAACUUGAUGAGAUUGUCGAUCAAGCUUUAACUAAAAAGUCUGCUAGUCACAAAGGUGCUAUUCAACUUGCAUCAAGUGUAAAUCGUUCAAUGGUUCAAAUUGGCGGUUGAACAAAUUUCAAUAAUCCUAUCAAUUUAUAUAGAUGAAUUUUGAAUUAGGAUAGAAUAAUUUAUUAUGUAAAUAUAUUUAAAUAAAUAUUGAUUGAAUAA